AUGGCCCACCGAUUUCGCACAAGAUCCCCUCCAAAAAGCCAAGCAGGUAGAACCGAAGAACUCAAGAAAACUGCUUUAUAUGAAGAAACACCACUUCAACCAAUUUUUACCAUAAGCUCAAAUGAACUUCCUGACAUAAGUUAUUCAUCUGAUGCGUCUCAAACAACCAUCCCAUCAUAUUCAGGUACAUUUAAAAUACAAAAUACAACUGCAUCUUACUCUAGUAUUCCUUUAAUUACUGAUGCAGAAAGAAACAUAUCUGUGUUUCUACCAACAAUCUCUAUAACUCCUAGAGCCCAGAUCGCUCUUGGUAGUUGCUCUAGCAUUUCAGAAAAUGAAGAAAAUGAAGUCCAAAAUAAAGAAAGAGCUGCAAAUUAUGAAGGAAACUCAUUUCAAGAAAAAAAUUGCUCCUAUAAUAAUAAUGCAUCUGUCUUUAUCACUGCCUGGAACAUUCUUCCAACACUUCAAGGAAGUUCUGUGUUUACCAUGCCGUAUGCAGUUGCGAUCGGAGGAUACGCAGUUUUAGCUGCUAUUAUUUUGAUAAGUUACCUAGCAAAUAUUACUGGAAUAAUGUUAAUUGAUUGUUUUUAUGAACUCACACCACAAUGUGGUACAAAAAGACGUGUUCGUAAGACGUAUGCCGAUGUUAUGAAAGCGGUGUGGGGCGAGAAUGGCGCCAAAAUAUUAACUGGAAUACUUGUUUUUCAUAUGUUUACAGAAAGUGUGACGAGUAUGCUAUUAUUAGAAAAAAGUGCAUUUGCUUUGUUAAAACCCUAUACAAAUGUAUCUUUCAUUAUAUUGACAUGUAUUUUUUCAGUUUUGAUCUAUCCGACUCUUUUUGUUUCAAAACUAACCAUACUUGCGUACUUCAGCAUGAUAUCAGCCUUUGCCAUUAUUAUUGGAACAAUUACUCUUAUAUUUAUUUUUAUUCAACAGAGCAACAAAUGGAUUCCGCAUUUUCAUCAACUUCCGUUUAUCACUCUAAAAAAUUUUCCUUUAGCUGUCAGUAUUGUCGUGUUUUCGUGCGCUUCUCAUAUAGUAAUUCCACAAGUUGAGAGUAGUAUGCGAGAUAAAAAAAAGUUUCCACGGCUGCUUUGUAUUUUGUAUGGAGUUUCAAGUAUUAUUAAAGUCUUUGUUGGAAUGACUGGAGCUAUAACAUUUGGAGCUGACACAGAUAGCAUUUUAACUAUAGUUGUGGGUAAAGUUAAUCGAAACGCAAGCUUUCUUUGCGGUAUUUCACUAUCAUUAUACGCUUUGUUCAACUAUCCUUUGUGUAUGUUUUCCGUUUGUGAUUACCUAGAUAGUUUUGUAGAAAAUACUAAAAUAAGCGAUGACAAUAAACUGUUUUACCUUUGGUUAGCUUUCACGCGUUUGUUUCUUGUUUCAUCUAGCGUUUCAAUUGGAUUAUUGGUUCCUUAUUUUGGAAUAAUACUUGCAAUUAAAGGGUGUCUGAUCGGAACUUGUCUAAUAUUUAUCUUUCCGUGUUAUUUCUACUUGAAGUUAAAAUGGAACGAACUAACAAUAUUUAAUAAAAUAAAAGUAGUUACAAUAUUGACUACUGGCUCUGUAAUAGGCUGUUUUGGCGCAUAUUACUCCAUUAAGCAGCUUAUUUAUAAGUAAAACAGGUAUUA